AUGCUACUCAACAAGUUCCCACUACAUUUACAACUAAACACUGGUCUAAGAGAUGAAGAUACCAUAAUGAGAGAUGCUUUACAUACCCCUAUAGGAACUCCAAAUGGUGUUUCAACUCCAACUGAACAAGUUAAUUUUAAUAAUUUACAAUGGUUUGAACAAGGACCUCCAAAUCCACCAAGAUAUGGUAGAACAGGUUCCACAUCAUCAAUAGCUUCAUCAGUUUCAAAUUUUUCAAUGAAUAAUAAUCAGAAUGAAUUUAGUUAUUCAAAUUUUGCUUCAAAUUAUAAAUUAACUGAAAUUUUUGAAAAAUUAUUAAUGGAUACUUAUAUGAAUUAUCAAAUGAAUCCAACUAUAACUCCAUUCAAUGAAUCAAAUCCUCCUUAUGGAGUUGUUAAUAAAGUUUCAAAAGAUGCUUUGAAUGCAGCUAUGAAUGAAAAUAUUGAAAUUGGAAUUGAAAUUAAUAAUUAUUCAUUAACUAUAAUACGUCAAAAAUUAUUACAACUUUGUCAUAAAGAUAUAGUACAUACCCCUUCAACAUCAAGACAAAAUUCAUUCCAAGGUGGAUUAAAUUUACAAUCAAAAUUUAAUAACAUUCCAUCAGGUUUAAAUACACCAAAUAACAUACAACCACAACAACAAGGACAAAUGACUGAAUAUUUCAAUUUUGAACAUCCUUCUGUUCAACAACAAUUAAACCAACCACCUCCAGCAUUUGGUGGAUUACAACCAUCAUUUGAAGCAACUCCAUUAGCAAACCCAUAUCCAAGACCAACAACUCCACAAUGUCAACAAUUUUCUGGUCCUCCACCACAGGCAAGAUUAGAAAGAUCAGAUUCAAAUGCGUCAAAUUCAAAUAUGUAUCCUGAUUUAUUUAAUGUUACAAGUAAUAGAAAAAGAGAAAGUUUAAGAUUGAAAAGAACUGGGAAUCAAAUUACUUAUAAUUAA